CUUUUAGGCCAGAGACUGUUUUAAAAACGUAAUUAAACGCCCUAUUUUUUAAGAUUAGUAUCUUUGACUUUGCUUAAAGUAGUUGAACUGUGAUUAACAGGGAGCCAAUUUGGUGGAUUAAUCAAACCGGAAAUGGCGAAUUCCUAUCUAUAGUGUAGUUUUACUUGAUGUUAUUAUUUCAUGUUAUUUCAUGUUAUUAUUUCAUGUUAUUUCUCUUCAUGUUGAAACGUUUGAACGGAAGUUUUUCUUCAAUGUUGGACUCGAGCGGUGUGCUUUCCUGUUGACUUGAACGAGGCAGAGUUCACGUUCACCUGACUGAAACUGCGUGUGUGUUUGUGUGUGCAUGUGUGUAUAUCAAGUGACCACACGAUGAGGCAAGCAAAUACACUUUUCUCUGCAAACUGACAGUGUGCACAACAUUCCAAUGGAUUACUAACUCCUGACACAUCUUUAACUGGACUGAUUCUGCUGCAACCAUGGUGCAGGAAUUCCAGAGUCCUAUUCGGGUCUACAAGCAUCCAUUUGAGUUGAUAAUGGCGGCUUACGAGAAGCGGUUCCCAACAUGUCCCAUGGUCCCAGUGUUUGUGGACAGUGAGGUCCUCAGUGAGAGCCAAAGUCACGACGGAGCCACUCGGGUGACUGAACGACGCUGCACGAUCGACAUAGAUGCACCACGACUCCUCAAACGGAUUGCGGGUGUGGACUACUUGUAUUUCAUCCAAAAGAACACCUUGAACCGCAGAGAUCGGACGCUCCAAAUUGAAAUCCACAACGAAACCUUUUCCAACAGGGUCAUUGCCCGCGAACGCUGCAAAUACACGGUUCAUCCCGAGAGAGAAGACUGGACCUGCUUUGAACAGACCGCCAGUCUGGAUGUCACCUCCUUUUUUGGUUUUGAAAACAUGGCAGAGAAGAUAGCGAUGAAACAAUAUUCUAGUAGCAUAGAGAAGGGGAAAGAAAUCAUCCAGUUCCACCUGACAGAGCUGGCGAAAGAGGGGAUAACUCAUCUGCCUCGGUGGGGUUCGCCCGCCUCUACGCAAACCGCGGCUGAAAAACAUCCCAGAGACUCACUCAGUGAUGAGGACCGCCCAAAAGUGACUCCCUCUCCUGAUGACAAAUUGGAUGCUGACUACAUCAGACGUUACCUUGGUGAUUUAAUGCCUCUGCAGGAAAGCUGUCUCAUUCGACUGCGGCAGUGGCUCCAGGAAACCCACAAGGGCAAGAUUCCAAAGGAUCAACAUGUGCUGCGCUUUCUGGCUGCCAACGACUUCAACUUAGACAAAGCUCGCGAGCUCCUGUGCCAAUCUCUCACCUGGAGGAAGCAGCACCAGGUGGACUUCCUCUUGGACUCCUGGCAACGCCCUCAGCUUCUCCAGGACUACUACAGUGGAGACUGGCACCACCAUGACAAAGAUGGUCGGCCGCUUUACGUCCUGCGUUUGGGUCAGAUGGACACAAAAGGUUUGAUGCGAGCCUUGACAGAGGAGGUGCUGCUGAGACAGGUGGUCGCCAUCAACGAGGAGGGACUGAGGCGCUGUGAGGAAAACACUGCGGCCUUCGGUCGACCAAUCAGUUCCUGGACCUGCUUGGUGGACCUGGAGGGUCUCAACAUGCGUCACCUGUGGAGACCCGGACUGAAGGCUCUGCUGAGAAUCAUCGAAGCAGUGGAGGCCAACUACCCGGAGACUCUAGGCCGCUUGCUCAUGCUGAGGGCACCUAGAGUUUUUCCUGUGCUCUGGACACUGGUCAGCCCUCUUAUCAACGAAAACACUCGUAAGAAGUUCCUCGUCUACGCUGCCAACGACUACUGGGGACCAGGAGGUUUGGUGGAUUAUGUCGACCGGAAGUUCAUCCCGGACUUCUUGGGGGGUGACUGUGUGUGUGACAUCCCUGAGGGAGGCACGGUGCCCAAGUCUCUGUACAGGACAACAGAGGAGCUGGACAGUGAAGACAGCCAGCUGCUGACAGACCUCCUAUACAAGAGUGCCAGUAUCUUCAAGGGAGCUCCACAUGAGAUUUUCUUUGAGAUCAUAGAAGACUCCUCCAUUAUCACCUGGGACUUUGACGUGAUUAAAGGUGACGUGCUCUUCAACAUCUACCACUCUAAAAGGGCCCCGAAGAGAGACACGGCCAACGGGUUCCCGUCUUUGGGGACUGUUAGUUCCCCACUGUUAGACAAGAGCUGGGUGUUGGGCCGGGACUACAGCACGGUGGAGAGCGCCCUCACCUGCACAGAGGGUGAAAGUGUUCAGGGCUCCCAUGUGGCACGCUGGCCUGGGUACUACAUUCUCCAGUGGCGCUUUCCCACCUCCCUCAGCCCCUCGUCGUCCAGCCUGCCCUCCGUGGACGACAUGCUGGCUUCGCUGCAGGUCUCUCCCCACAAGUGCAAGAUCAUGUACUACACCGAGGUGCUGGCAUCUCAAGACAUCAGGGGAUCAUUGACCAGUCUGGCCUCCAAUCAUAGCAGUUUCUCCCAGCUCAGUUCUUCCACUACUUUUUCUAUCCAAUCACAAGGCAGCUCCACUGUCUCAAGGAGCGCGCCGGCAGCCCAAGCUUUGUUGUAGGAUUGUCAAACACGCCGGCUUGGAUGUAAUCUGAUUACAAAAGUAGUAAAAUGGAACAUUCGAAUGUGUGUUGUGUUUUUGCUGGGUCAAUAAAUGCUAUGCAACAUCAAAGUUAGGACGUGGCGCGCGCAGGAGUGCUCGCACUUUUGUCACUGCUGCAGUCUUUUGAUUGUC